CGCCCGAGCCCGCCGCGAUGCUCGCCCGCGCCCUGCUGCUCUGCGCCGCGCUGGCGCUCAGCCACGCAGCAAAUCCUUGCUGUUCCAACCCAUGUCAAAACCGAGGUGUGUGUAUGACCGUGGGAUUUGACCAGUACAAGUGCGACUGCACCCGGACCGGAUUCUACGGUGAAAACUGCUCCACGCCGGAAUUUCUGACCAGAAUCAAACUGCUCCUGAAACCCACGCCGGACACGGUGCACUACAUCCUCACUCACUUCAAGGGAGUCUGGAACAUCGUCAAUAACAUUCCUUUCCUGCGCAAUUCAAUCAUGAAAUACGUGCUGACAUCCAGAUCACAUAUGAUUGACAGUCCACCAACAUAUAAUGUGCACUACAACUACAAGAGCUGGGAAGCCUUCUCUAACCUCUCCUACUACACAAGAGCCCUUCCACCUGUGGCCGAUGACUGCCCAACGCCCAUGGGUGUGAAAGGGAAGAAAGAACUUCCUGACUCUAAAGAGGUGGUGGAGAAACUUCUCCUAAGAAGAAAGUUUAUCCCUGAUCCCCAGGGCACAAAUAUGAUGUUUGCAUUCUUCGCCCAGCACUUCACCCACCAGUUCUUCAAGACAGAUCUUAAGCGGGGACCAGCCUUCACCAAAGGACUGGGACAUGGGGUGGACUUAAAUCAUAUUUAUGGUGAAACUCUAGACAGACAGCAUAAACUGCGCCUCUUCAAGGAUGGAAAAAUGAAAUAUCAGGUAAUUGAUGGAGAGGUAUAUCCUCCAACAGUCAAGGAUACGCAGGUGGAGAUGAUCUACCCGCCUCACAUCCCUGAGCACCUGCAGUUUGCUGUGGGCCAGGAAGUGUUUGGUCUGGUGCCUGGUUUGAUGAUGUAUGCCACAAUCUGGCUCCGGGAACAUAACAGAGUGUGCGAUGUGCUCAAACAGGAGCAUCCAGAAUGGGAUGAUGAGCAGUUAUUCCAGACAAGCAGGCUAAUACUGAUAGGAGAGACUAUUAAGAUUGUGAUCGAAGACUAUGUACAGCAUUUGAGUGGCUAUCACUUCAAACUCAAGUUUGACCCAGAGCUGCUUUUCAACCAACAAUUUCAGUACCAAAACCGGAUUGCUGCUGAGUUUAACACACUCUAUCACUGGCAUCCCCUUCUGCCUGACACCUUUCAAAUUGAUGACCAGCAGUACAACUAUCAACAGUUUCUCUACAACAACUCUAUACUACUGGAACAUGGACUUACCCAGUUUGUUGAAUCAUUCACCAGGCAAAUUGCUGGCAGGGUUGCCGGCGGCAGGAACGUUCCACUUGCGGUGCAGAAAGUAGCAAAGGCCUCAAUUGACCAGAGCAGGCAGAUGAAAUACCAGUCUCUUAAUGAGUACCGCAAGCGCUUUUUGCUGAAGCCCUAUGAAUCGUUUGAGGAACUUACAGGGGAGAAGGAGAUGGCUGCCGAGCUGGAAGCGCUCUACGGCGACAUUGAUGCAGUGGAGCUGUAUCCCGCCCUUCUGGUGGAGAGACCGCGCCCGGAUGCCAUCUUUGGGGAGUCCAUGGUAGAAAUGGGCGCACCAUUCUCCUUGAAAGGACUGAUGGGUAAUCCUAUAUGUUCCCCUAACUACUGGAAGCCAAGCACGUUUGGUGGAGAAGUUGGUUUCAAAAUCGUUAACACUGCCUCGAUUCAGUCCCUCAUCUGCCAUAAUGUGAAGGGCUGUCCCUCCACGUCAUUCAAUGUCCCAGAUCCUCAGCUCACCAAAACGGUCACCAUCAACGCGAGCACCUCCCACUCCCGGCUAGAGGACAUCAAUCCCACAGUCCUGCUGAAAGGCCGUUCCACUGAACUGUAGAUGUCUAGUGAUUGUAUUUAUUUAUUUAUGAGCCAGUUCUUUUAACUUAUUUAAUAAUAUUUAUAGUAAACUCCUUAUGUUACCUAACAUCUUCUGUAACAGAAGGCAGUACUCUAGUUGCAGAGAAAGAGCUCAUACUUGUGAAAACUUUCAUGUCACUACUUUAAAGAUAUAUUUUCUUCUUCAAGUUUUCAUUCUUUUUUAUAAACCAAUGGUAAAUGAAUUUUGACAUCUUUUUACUUGAAUUUAAAUUUAUAUGAUGUUAGAAUAAGAACAAAGUCAAAGAUGUCUGAAUGCUUAAUGUCAUUGCAACAUGGAAAACACUGCAGGUUUCUGUACUGUCAGAUCUGUGUUUCUUCCGUGAUGCAUUAGAAGCAAAGAACAUCUUUGGAUUUUAAAGAACUACAGGGCAUUUUUCUCUUUCAUCAAAUAAAAAGAUUCAAGUCUGUUUUUAAAGGAAUGUUUAGCUCAGACAUUAUCAAUAAUUUCAUGUCUGCUUUUUUAAAGCAGCAUUGAAACAGUAAUUUGAAAUUUCUAAAUUCACUGGGUAGAAUCACUUUUAAAAAUUUAUUUUAUUUUCUGUACCAAUUAUAAACUUGUAUUCAUAUCAGUAGAAGAAACUUUCAUAGAUUUAAAUCUCUAAAGUCAGUGGAAAUUAUAUUACAAACUGCUGGUUAAAAGGUGCAGAAGAGACUUUGCAUUUCCACUAAGAGCAAAAGUCUAAUGUGACUGUUACAACUUCCUUUCAAAUAAAAAUGCCAAAUGUAUUAAGGUGGUGGAGCCACUGAGGUCCUAUCUUAAAAUAUUUUUUGUAGAGAGAUUCCACAAUUUGUUUUUGUGCCUAGUAACAAAACCUAUGAUAGCAAGAUUCUACAUUUACAAUCAGCAAUAAAAAUAGAAGAAAACCAAAGCAGUAUAAAUUUGGGUUUAAACUCUUUAAGGAGACUUUACUUUAGCCUUGUGUGUACUACGGGCCUGGUACUCAACAGACUUCACUCUGAGGGUCUUGAACUUCCAAGCUGGCCUCACUGACGGGCCGUUUUCUUAGAUUUUCUGUUGUACAGUGUGGCUUCGCAGUGGCCUCGGGAAAUGCCUCUUCAGAAUCCAUUAGGUAUUACUGAAUCCAUUCAGGCAUUGCUUUCUUCCAAAUCUUGAUCAGCCAGUUCAGUUGUGCAUCAGAACCAAGUCGGGCCACGCACAUGCUGCUCCUCUUGCUGUUUCUCUUACAGCCUUUUGUGCUAAGAGAAUCUCUCGUCUAACUCAUGUAUUUCUUCUGGUUUGUUUUCCUGGUUUGAAGAUGAGAGUUCUUUCUUUGAAUUCGACCAAUAUUUCUUACUUGAAAUUUUGCAGUUUUCAGGAAAACCUCAGCUCAGGACUACUAUUUAGUUCCUCCUAAGAGGAAUAAAAGAGAAAAUAUGGCGCUUUUAAAAAAAAAAAAACAACAACAACUGCACUUAUUUUAAGUGCAAAGCAGAGGAUUUUAUUUAUAGAGAAUUUUAACUAUCACCAAGGAGCCUACGGAGGCUGGUACUCAGAAGGAACUGAAGGGUUCCGGACAGGAGGAAAGUUAUAGUCCUGUUCAACAAGGGCUCCUUCUUGUCUGGAGACGAAACCAAACAGUUCUGUGUCGUUCUCAGCAAUAAUGAGAGCAGUACGCCGCAUCUCACUGUCAGCUGAACUUAAUGGUACUGUAUAUUACUUAAUUUAUUAAGGGUGAUUAUUUAUGCUUUAUUGAGACAUAAUUGUUACAAACUGUUUAAGCUUACAAUUGUUGAUUUUUUUCACUAUGUCAGAAUCAAUGUAUGUGUUUUGUGAUUACUUCUCUGAAUUGUUAUGUAAACAUCAGAAGAAAUGAUUGGAUUAAGGUUUGUGGAUGGAUUUUUUUGGAACCCAACUCUGGCAUACUGAGAUAUUUAAGAUCAGAGUUUACGUCUUUGUGAUUUACCUGUACACCCACCCCUGUCGGGACGCUGUCAUGUUAGUCUGCAAGUGACCUAAGACUGGGCAUUUAUCCAUUUUUGAAGGAGCUGCGGGUGGUUCAUUAAUUCAUUCAACUACAAUUUAAUAAGAAAAUAUUCUGUACAAAGUACUAUAGGUUAUAAUGUUUUAAAAUCAAGCACUGAUUACAAAUAACAUCAGUAUUUGUGUAAAUAACUGAAAAAUGUUUCUCUUAGGAAGAAGGCAGAAAUGAAGUGAAUUUCAUUAAACAGAAAUAACUCAGGAGAAUCUUUCAUUAAGAUUUUAUGUUUGAAAAGUUUUGCAUCUAAAAAACAAAUAGUCAAGAUUAGAAGGUCUUGUGUGAAAACUGUUGACUUCACUGAUUUGAGAUUAAACAGAGACCUUGAUUUGUCAUAGAUAUCAACCUGCUGACUGAACCUGGGGAUUCGGGCUUUGAUGUGAAUGUCUCAGUGCCUCAGACAAAUGUGUAUUUAAAUUAAUUUAUGUAAAGCAAGCCUUGAAACAAA